ACUCGCUGGACUUCGAAUGCCGCACUUUACCCCGCGAAUAUGUGGAGAAAACCCGGUUGCAGGUGAGGAUGCGGGGAACCGGCGAUACAAAUGAAGUCCACGUCAUACAAGCACUAAAACAGUGUUUCACCGUUAGCUGCGGACUGCGGCUUUUCGGAAGUCUUCCUUUCAAUUCUAGCAAGGUGGUUGGCAACGAAGCUUCCCCGGCAUGAGUUCAGAGCUGUAGCUCUUAGCCAACCUUAGUACUGUCUGCCGCUGAAGUUUCGUGGGCGAGAAACCACGGAUAACUCCAGACCCCGUUCAGUCCAUUUGUUAAUUUCCUUAGCCCCCCGAAAGAUAAUAAAGCUGGGCGUCCGAGAUAGUCAUUUUCGGCAGUCUCAAAUUUCGUUUUCAAUAUGUCAACACAGGUAGCACUCAUCACUGGUGGAGCAUCUGGGAUUGGCCUUGCUACUACGAAACACCUUCUUAGCAAAGGAUGGAAAGUCGUGAUGGCCGACAUAAACGAGGGAGCUGGGCGCGAACUCGAGAAAGAGCUGGGGUCCAAUGCAUCUUUCAUUCGAGCAGAUGUGACAGUGUUUGCAGACCAAAUAGCGAUGUUCAAGCAUGCGUCUACCUGGGGAGGCAACAGAUUGGACUUUUUCGCAGCGAACGCCGGUGUCGAUGACCGGCAAGAUAUGCACACGUCUGUUGAGGACUUGGAUGAGAAUGGGGAUCCCAAGCCGCUGAACUUGAUGACGAUGGAUGUGGACUUGACUGCUGUGAUUCAAGGUUGCUGGAUUUACAAGCACUAUGCAAGGAGAAACCCAACGCGGGGAGGGAAGAUUGUGAUUACCUCGUCGGUAGCUGGUCUCUACGCAUCUCCAAUCAAUCCUCAAUAUCACAUGGCGAAACAAGCAUGUGUUGCUCUGGGCAGAUGUAUUGGCCCUCCAUUCCUGCGAAAUGAGAAUAUUACCGUCAACGUUAUCUGCCCUGCAUUCAUCAUGACUUCUCUUUGCCCACCAAAGAUCCGCGAGAUCUUUCCAAAGGAACAGAUAACCCACAUGAGUACCGCCCUGAGGGCAUACGACAUGUUCCUCGACGAUCAUACGCUUACUGGCAAGAUCGCAGAACUCAGCAUCGACAAGGUCAUAUUUCGGAAGCAGAUCGAAUAUGCAAAUGAGAACCAGAGAUGGAUGUUGGAGGACGCAUUGAAGGUGUGGCAGCAGGCUUAUGGUGAUCAACCUGAGUAGAUAUAUACCUAUGUCUAGAAGGCUUCACAAAAAACACACCUUAC